UACAACGUAUUUUGUCUUGUUUACUUUGAUUUUAUUGGAACAGAAAUCAUUUCAUGUCCAAAAAGCAUUGAACCGGGAAGUACAUGUGACUAGAGCACCUCCCUUCCGCAGAACAUGAUGUGGCCAACACGCGGUGGUUUAUGGGAGACGUAGUUGACCACUGUAGUUCCUGUGCACAUGGUGAUGGUCAGACGUUCUAAGGCUAAAAGUCAAGGAAAUUCUACUUCUCCGUUGAAAACCUAUUAACAGUCAGCCAUGACUCCUGAACGCACAAAACUGUUUAACAUCCUCAUACUGGGGUUUGCUUUCAUGCUUAUGUUUACUGCCUUCCAGACCUGCGGAAAUGUUGCCCAAACCGUCAUUUCAAGUCUAAAUAGCACUGAAUUCAAUGGAAGUGGCUAUACAAGCUUGGCCAUUAUAUAUGGUGUAUUUUCAGCCUCCAACCUAAUAGCUCCAUCUGUGGUAGCUAUUAUUGGUUCUCAACUUUCCAUGUUCCUGAGUGGCUUGAUUUACAGUGCCUACAUCGCUAUGUUUAUCCAGCCCUUCACCUGGUCGUUUUAUACAUUAUCUGUUAUUAUUGGAAUUGCUGCUGCUGUACUAUGGACUGCUCAAGGAGCCUGCCUAACUGUGAAUUCUAAUGAAGAAACCAUUGGUAGAAACAGUGGUAUAUUCUGGGCACUCUUGCAGUUCAGUAUGCUGUUUGGAAACCUCUACAUUUAUGUGGCCUGGAAAGGGGAGGUUGUCAUAUCUGAAACGGAUCGAAGAUCGGUAUUCAUAGCGCUAACAGUGAUCAGCUUGGUGGGGACCGUACUUUUCUUUCUCAUUAGGACACCAAGUUCCUCCAGGUCUCAAUCCCAGGAGGAUGAUGGAGGUUCUGACAGUGGUCUCAGUGCAGAGGGAAACAUGUCUUCACAAAGCAACACAUCUAGAGCCCUGCAUGCCUUCACCAGAUCUAUGAAGUUGUCUGUAACAAAGGAGAUGCUGUUACUGAGCGUAUCAAUGGCUUAUACAGGUUUGGAACUUACAUUUUACUCUGGUGUCUAUGGAACCUGCAUCGGAGCCAUCAACUCAUUUGGAAGUGAAGCCAAAAGCUUAAUAGGAUUGUCAGGGAUAUCUGUUGGCCUUGGGGAAGUGUUAGGUGGUGGCGUUUUUGGGUUGCUCAGCAGGAACAGUCGUUUUGGACGGAAUCCAGUCUUCCUUCUUGGACUUGUUGUUCAUUUUCUGGCUUUCUACCUAAUAUUCCUAAACAUUCCCAAUGAUGCCCCAAUUGCUUCCAGAGAAGGGACACCUAGCCGUGCAUUUGUAGAUCCCAGCCAGUUCCUGGCCCUGUUCAGCAGUUUUCUCUUGGGCCUAGGUGAUAGCUGUUUUAAUACGCAGCUUCUAAGUAUUCUGGGGUCUCUGUAUGCCGAGGACAGCGCACCUGCAUUCGCAAUCUUUAAGUUCGUUCAGUCCAUUAGUGCAGCCAUUGCCUUCUUUUAUAGUAACUACCUUCUACUACAGUGGCAGCUGCUUAUUAUGGUCGUAUUUGGUUUCUUUGGUACCAUCUCUUUUUUCUUUGUGGAAUGGGGAGCAGUCAGCCUGGGUCCUCAAGAGACUCGCUAUGGAAGUAUAUAAAAACAAAAAAACAUAUCCUUGUAACUGAAGCUGUUGACCAGGAACCGAAUAAUGGCUUUACUGCUGGGCAGAAAAAGAUUUGGUGAAGAUUGAGUUCACCCAGUCAACAAGGGAAUAAUCAGAAAAGCUGCAUUCAUUUUAUUAUGGGGACCCUUCAAACAUGAUAUGAAAUCAGGAUGAGACUUUACAAGCCUGUAGUCUAAAUGGCUCUUCAUGCAGAAGCAUGACAAUGAAGAGUGUGCAUUCUGCAGUAGCUACAAAAUCUGAAACCUGUGACCUACCUUCACUGGAACUCUAAUUGGUUAUUUAUACUGUGAAGAGGAGUAUGAACACUAUUCAGACUAGAGGACCUGUAUGUUGGGAGUAUGGGAUUAACCUACACUGCUCUAUGUACAGUAUAAACACCACUGAGGUGAAAUUUGUACAAGGACACUCUGUAUGCCUUUAUGUCAAUAAUUGAAAGCAAUUGCACAUCAAAAUGUAUAACAGAAUCAACUGGAAUUAAGUUUGACAUGACCUAGUGAAAGGAAACAAUCAUGUCACACUCAAAAAAAAUAAUCGUAAAGUUGGAGGUUAGACA